UUUUAUUUACAAUACCUUUAAUAUAUUGAAAAUAUUAAUCACACGAAUCAAAAGCGGAACUUACAUCCAAUACGUACUGAUCAGCACUAGCAGUCUUGUUGUCGUCGUCGAAGUGAACACGUGAGGGCGAAAUACAGCGGCCGCCGCCAACGAAUGUUUACUUAGCGGGUCAAUCAGCAGACAGACAGAGUACAAGUAGCUUCGCUUUAGUUAACUUAAAUAGCGCAUGCUUUAUGCGAAUAAGCUUAAUUGAGAAUAUAAUAAUAAUUUCAUGCUCACACAACGCAACGCGUACUCAGUUGAGUAAUAGGCAAUCGGCACUUGCAAUAAACAUUUUGAGUUAUAACAUUGAAUAACAGUCAGUGAAGUAAGACGUACACGCGCGGAACUAUGCGCCAAAUAUCAACUGAAGCACGAAUUGUACAAAAUUAUUUUUUCAAUUGCUAAACAAAAAAAAAAAACAAAAAACAAAAAUAAAAUAAAUAAAUAUUAAAAAAUAAAAAAAUAAAUGAUUAAAAAAUAAAUAAAUAAAAAGAACAUUACAAAAGCUUUAAAAAUACUAAAUUUAUUAUAUACAAGAAAAUUAAAUAAAAUUUAUUAAGAAAAAUGGAGCUCUACACAUCAGACAGCAGCGACACUGACUCACGCGAGCAAAAAACACUGGAUUAUGGACGUAUGAACCUCAGCGUAAUCACACUGGACGACGAUUUGCAUGCAAAGAAAGCGCUCACAACACACAAGAACUUCGAGACGUUGCUGCUGAAUCAUAACCGACUCAUACAACUGCCGCCAGCACUGACUAAAUUCGUCAAUUUGAAAAUACUGGAUUUGAGCUCCAAUUGCUUGACACAAUUGCCCGAGGCUAUUUGCAAUUUACCGUUAGUCACAUUGAUAGCCAAAAAUAACAAUUUGUCCAACAAAUCAUUGCCAAAAUCGUUUAUGAUGCGCAACUCAGUCUUGAAGGAGCUGAAUUUGAGCGGCAAUCAGCUGACGCACUUUCCCGAACAGGUGCUAGAGUUGCGGCAGUUACGCUACUUCUACGCUGGCGCAAAUAGGAUAACAGCAAUUUCGAAGGAUAUAUGGAAAAUGCAAAGCUUGCAGGUACUCUCGCUAGGCGGCAAUCAAAUCAUCGAUGUGCCCGACUCCGUGGGUAUGCUCAGCCAAUUGCAGGCGCUCGUGCUGUGCGACAAUCUCAUUGAGAAUUUACCAACCAGCAUAGCGCAUUUGAAUAGCCUGAAGUCAUUGUUGUUGCACAAAAAUCGCCUACGGCACUUGCCAAAAGAUAUUAUCGCUUUGAGAAAUUUAACAGAGUUGAGCUUGCGCGAUAACCCUUUGGUGGUGCGUUUCGUGCAAGAUAUCGCUAUGAAGCCGCCCACACUGAUGGAGUUCGCUGCGCGUGUCGUCAAGUGUACCGGCAUACCGUACGGUCCGGGCAUUGUGCCGCGCACGGUCAAUGAUUAUCUGCAAAGCGCCAAUUGUUGUGUAAAUCCCAAUUGCAAGGGUGUAUUCUUCGACAAUCGCGUGGAGCAUAUCAAAUUUGUGGACUUCUGUGGCAAAUAUCGUGUACCGUUAUUGCAUUAUUUAUGCUCUUCCAAAUGCAUUGAGCCAGAGCCAGAGCUGCCACAAACGAGCGGUGCCAACGGUUAUAUGAUGCGUAAGGUGUUGCUCGGCUGAUUGGGAGUACUGGGAGCGGUCAACAUUAUUGACGGAUACUAGAAUUACUUGUUGGUUUUUAAUUGGAAUUUGAAAAAAAAAUUACCAACAGAGCUUUUGGAAAAUUCGGUUUUUUUGAAAAUCUAAAUUAUUUGAAUAGUCUGCUAUUUGAUGGUAUUUUUUUUUUGUAUUUUACGUUAUUGCCAUGAAAUAAGCGGUCUGAAUAAGCGAGUCUGUGAAAAAUGUUUGAAUAAUGCUGCGCAUUUUUAUAUAUACACAUACAUAUGUACAUACAAAAUAAUACAAAGAAUAUUUGAAAAAUUGUAUAUUUAUAAAAGAUUUAAUAAAAUGUGCAUUGAUUGCAUAGAACUGAACUAUUAAGGCCUAACAUAACAUACGUGGGGUCGUUCCCACGACAGUCGGGUCUACGUAACCGAUCCGGAUUUUUAUCCGGCCAGGACAGAAAUCAUGUGUAAUUAUUUUCUAUAAAACAAACAAUAAAAGUAAACGGUGAAUAUACUAGCUGUAUUCUAAAAAUAA